CCGGAAGCCUUGUUGCUGACUUUAAAGUCUGAUCUUCUUCUCUCGGCGAGGAUCCUCUUCAUCUUCAUCACAGCGACAGGAUGGCCGGACGGGACCGAGUGGUUCACCUGCUCAGGCAGCUCGAGCGCGCGGCAUGCAGAUGUCCUGCUCACUCCAACACCUUCCACCAAGGUGCUGGAGCUGCAGCCUGUACCGUCCGAAAAACCGACUACGCCUUCGAGAUGGCGAGUUCCAACAUCAGAUAUGGAGAAGGAGUCAGCAGAGAGAUCGGCAUGGACCUGCAGAACCUCGGAGCUCGAAACGUCUGUCUGAUGACGGACAAGAACCUGUCCCGCCUCCCGCCAGUGAAGGCCGUCCUGGAGUCUCUGGCCAAGAACGGAGUCAAGUACAAAGUUUACGACAACGUGCGAGUGGAGCCGACCGACAGCAGUUUUAAAGAAGCCAUCGCCUUCGCUAAGAACGAGUUGUUCGACGUGUUCGUGGCGGUGGGCGGGGGCUCUGUGAUUGACACCUGUAAGGCAGCCAAUCUGUACGCGUGUCACCCCGACGCAGACUUCCUGGACUUCGUCAACGCUCCGAUCGGCAAAGGAAAGCCGAUCACCGGCGCUCUGAAGCCGCUCAUCGCAGUUCCUACGACUGCAGGAACCGGCAGCGAGACCACCGGAGUCGCCAUCUUUGACUACGAACCUCUGAAGGCCAAAACAGGCAUCGCCAGCAGAGCCAUCAGACCCACGCUGGGCAUCGUGGAUCCUGUUCACACAAUGAGCAUGCCCGCCAGAGUCGCCGCCAACAGCGGCUUCGACGUGCUGUGCCACGCUCUGGAGUCGUACACCGCUCUGCCCUACCACCAGCGCAGUCCCUGCCCCCCCAACCCCAUCAACCGCCCCGCCUACCAGGGCAGCAACCCCAUCAGUGACGUCUGGUCCCGCCACGCCCUCAACGUGGUCGCCAAGUACAUGAAACGAGCGGUGCGGGACCCUGAGGAUCUGGAGGCUCGGUCCAGCAUGCACCUGGCCAGCGUGUUCGCCGGCAUCGGCUUCGGAAACGCCGGCGUUCAUCUCUGUCAUGGGAUGUCUUACCCGAUCGCCGGUAACGUGAAGACUCACACAGCGAAGGGUUACAGCGUGGAGCACCCUCUGGUGCCUCAUGGCCUCUCCGUCGUUCUCACCUCGCCGGCCGUCUUUAACUUCACGGCUCCGAUGUGUCCGGAGCGUCACCUGGACGCUGCAGAGAUCCUCGGUGCAGACAUCCGGGGAGUGAAGAGGGAGGACGCCGGCGCCGUCCUGGCCGACACGCUGCGUCACUUCCUGUUUGACCUGCAGGUGGAGGAUGGACUGGGAGCUGUGGGUUACAGCAAAGACGACAUACCAGCACUGGUCAAAGGAACCAUUCCUCAGGAGCGAGUGACCAAACUGUCUCCUAGAGAACACAGCGAGGAGGACCUGGCCCAGCUGUUCGAAGCCUCCAUGAAGCUCUACUGAAGAAACUAAAACACUCUGAUCAUCAGGAUUUAAUAUGAAACUAAAACACUCUGAUCAUCAGGAUUUAAUAUGAAACUAAAACACUCUGAUCAUCAGGAUUUAAUAUGAAACUAAACACUUGAAUGUUUUUAAUGCAGCUGAACUGAUUUCAGGUCCGUCCUGUGUUGAGCUGCAGUUCCUCUAACAGCCACUAGAUGGUGCUGCUUCUCUUCCUGACUCCUCACCUCAUUGAUCACAUCCUCACUUUGUGAUUUUUUUUAUUUUCAUACAAACAUGAAAUAAAAAUCAUGUUUACAU